GAAGUCCUCUGGUAGAUGCCUUUAUUUAUAAAUAAUCAAUUCAUCGAUGCUGGUGCCAUGAAGAGUCAUUCCCCACUACCCCCGUCCCCAUCUUUCAACCCUGACGUCCCCGGUGGUGUGCCAAAUGAAGUGUCCACUGACGGAGCCCUGCAGUCGUGGCUGCUACUCUACUCCAUUCCCGCAAGGUUUUACCUUCUUCCGAGUCUCUGCCUCUGAAGCUGCGGUCGUCGUCGUCGUCCACACUGUCGAGUUCCUCUUCGUCGUUGUAGUAAUCCACCAUGGGCGAGAGCAAAGCGGUUGAAGCCAUGUAUUCCCUUUAGGCAAAAAUAAAAACGUAAACAAACAGACAAAAAAUAAACAAUCGAGUUGGUGUUUUGUGACUUGCUUGGGCGCCUACAAGGGAAAGGACCCACUUCGUCGAAGGUGCCAAUGUUAUGCCUGUCCAAAAACGGAGCACUCCUACUGCAAAGUGGAAAUAUUUUUAUCUGUCUUUAUAUAUUGAUUUCAUUUUUAAGCUUAAAAAAACUGUGUUUGUGGAUUCAAUUAUAUGUAAAUGCUGGCUAGUGUGUUUUUGACUGAACACUGAAUCAGGCAUAUUUUUGAACACCAUGAACAAGCGGGGUUUGGCUGAUUUUCACUCCGACGUUACUGCCGCACACGCGAGAGGGCCUCCAAUCACUUGUGAGAGUUUAUUUUUACUCAAAGUUACAUACUUGACAAAUCAUUUUCCCCUAAAAUUGACCAUAAUAUCUUCUUUAAACACAGACAAAAAUGAACGAAGAACGAUCGAUGUUCUUUUACUUGCUUGAAUGGCAACAACUGAGAAGACCCUACCACGUGAAGGUGCCUAACGCAAUGCCUGCAAAAAAAUAGGGCACAGAUAAUGCGAAGUGUACACGUUUUCAAUACUUUCGCGGUUUGAUUUAGUAUGUACUUUUGGCAACCUGUGAUACGGAAGACAGGGUUGGCUGGAGGAGGAAGCUUCCACAGCUUAGCAUACAUGAUCUGUCAUUAGCGAAGAAAAUGCACCAAUUAUAACUGCUUUUCAAAAUUUUAAACGAUACUUAAAUCCUUGAAAGUAAUCCAGACCAAAAAUGCACAAUGUAGUAUAUAUCCAAUCUGUUCCAAUCUGGCUUCACUUUGCUUUUGCACCCCCUUUCUUAUUUGUUUGGUUUUAUUUUGUCCAUGAUUUACUUUAUUCUGCGUAAGAGGACUGUUUCUAUGUUAAUAUGUGCGGUACUUGACUUCACUAUAUUAUAAUGACAUUCUGUUUGUUAAUAAUAAAAUUAAAUAAUAAAAUAAGUUCUACAAAAAACGAACACGAAAAUAAACAAUCGGAGAGGAUCUACACGAGUGGAGGUGCCCCAAGGUUAUGCCUGUUCAAAAUUCGCGCACCCGUCCUGCAGAGUGGGUACAUUUUAUGUACGUUUGUGGAUUAGUUUCUUUGCAAAGUGUUGGCAACCAGUGUAAGUUAAUGCAAUGAUAAUUAAAUGCUGAUUAAUACGUUUUCAGAUUAAUAUUCAAUCAGGCAGAUUUUUAAACACUAUAAACACGUUGAAAUUAUUUUUCCCCAAAUGCACACCGGAGACGGCCUGCAAUUACUAAUGCGUGGGGAAUAAUUCCACUCCAAGUUCUCGGAAUUGCAAAUAACGAGGUUGCGUACAAGUUAACGUUAAUAUCUUUAUGGAAUAUGGUGGGUUCGGCAAGGUGGUUGGCUGGGAAACCCCGCCUUCUCCGGGCUCGCAUUGGUUGCCAUGGUUAUUUGACGAACCCGCACAUUGUGAUCAUUUGUAAACACUGGAAGAGAACAAAGACAGAGGACCUGUGGCUGUUGUACUGUUGUAUGACAGACGUCAUUGAGCUACAGCGCAUGCGUCGACUGAGGGCCGAAGCACUGCAACUUUUCUUUCCAAGCAGUUUCUCCAGCAGGUUAUUUAAUUGGCGAGCUCCUUAUACAAACCACCUGCUUUAGUGUCUCGGUUCUCCCUGGCAGGAGUUUGAUGAUCCUGAUCUAUAGCUAUCGUCACGGUGAGAUGACGUCAUACUUCUGCAAGAAGAUUGUGGCCCGUGGCUUUUCUUGACAUAUUAAUAAAGCUUCUCAUGUUUCCCAUUUGUGAAGCCAUCUGUGAUGUGUCAAUCGUAGUGCCGGGUAGCAUUGUAAAUAUAGAGUUAAUCUAAGUUAACCCCUUUAGCAUGGAGCCAAAUAUAUGACUUGGACCAUUCAAAUGGCGUCACAUGCCCAACGGGUGCAAUGCAGAGCAGCACCAGCAGGAGGCAGCAUUGUCUUUAGACGACGUGAUGAGGGACGCGCUUGCAAAGUUGCUCAAAAGCAAACGCCACGGCUGCCCACAAGCUCCAAUUCAUCUGCCAGGCUGGGAAUGUGUCGUGGUCGCUAGAUGGUCGGAGAGCUGAUGCCCCCACCCGCUCGCUGAAAGCAUACUCUAAAGCACUCCACUUCCGGCCGGGGUGUCAAAGUAGCUGUCAGGCGAGGGGGGGGGUUGAUCUGCACGAAGUCCACACCGAUUCAAGUGAUCACCAAGUCGCACCGACACCUCUCUGCCGCCCGGAACUAAAAACAAAUGAAAGAGAGAAACAUCAAAACGACACAAACAGAAGGAUGAAGAUGGCGGCCAGACAGAAAUCUCUUUGGACGUUUUAAAGGAGGAGCAACACGUCUUCGUCCGUGGCAUUCUACACAGUUCUUUCCUGGUCUGGCUGGCCAAUGCCGGGCCCGUCAUGGACGUCUGGCGGCGGUCGCAGCAGUAAUCGUGUGAGCUCGGUGCCCGCCGCCUAGCCCGUGAUGCCGUCGUCCACUCGGAAGGGCGCAACCAAGGACCCCGAGCUGGCCGAGCUCUUCUUCAAGGAUGACCCCGAGGACACCUUUUGCGACCUGCACGAGAUCGGUCAUGGCAGCUUCGGGGCCGUCUACUUUGCCCGCAACUCCUAUUCCAACGAGGUGGUGGCCAUCAAGAAGAUGUCCUACAAUGGCAAGCAGACAACCGAGAAGUGGCAGGACAUUAUUAAGGAGGUCAAGUUUUUGGGGCAGCUGCGGCACCCCAACACCAUCGAGUACAAAGGAUGCUACCUGAAAGACAACACUGCCUGGCUGGUGAUGGAAUACUGCCUGGGCUCUGCAUCAGAUUUACUAGAGGUUCACAAGAAGCCGCUCCAAGAAGUGGAAAUCGCUGCCAUUACCCAUGGUGCCUUGCUGGGACUGGCCUACCUGCAUUCCCGUAAUAUGAUUCACAGAGACGUGAAAGCCGGGAACAUCCUACUGACGGAGCUGGGACAGGUCAAGCUGGCUGACUUUGGCUCCGCCUCCAUUGCCUCACCCGCCAACUCCUUUGUGGGCACACCUUACUGGAUGGCCCCGGAAGUGAUCUUAGCCAUGGACGAGGGUCAGUACGAGGGGAAGGUGGACAUCUGGUCCCUGGGGAUCACCUGCAUCGAGUUAGCGGAACGUAAACCGCCCUUGUUCAACAUGAACGCCAUGAGUGCCUUAUACCACAUCGCCCAGAACGACUCCCCCACUCUGCAGUCCAUCGAGUGGUCUGACCCUUUCCGGAGCUUUGUGGACUACUGCCUACUGAAAAUUCCUCAGGACAGACCCUCGUCGGGGGAGCUGCUCAGACAUGACUUUGUGCGGCGGGAGCGCUCACCGAGGAUUCUGAUGGACCUGAUCCAGCGGACCAAGGACGCGGUGCGUGAGCUGGACAACCUGCAGUACCGCAAGAUGAAGAAGAUCCUCUACCAGGAGAAGCACAACGGCCCCUUGGGGGACAGCCAGGAGGAUGAGGAGGACAGCGAGGGGGCCAGCUGCAAGAUGAACAGCCUGGGCAGCAACCACUCGGCCCCCAGCACGUCGCUCAGCACGGGCAGCCGGAGCAGCAGCGUCAACAGCAUGCAGGAGGUGUUGGACGACAGCUGCUCCGACAUGACCGUGAUGCACCCCCGGGACUACAUUGGCACCCCGAACUCCUCGCCGCACGCCAAGAAGGAGCAGCAGUACAACUGGGACGACGGCAUCCACAGGGACCACAGGCUGAUAUCCCUUGACAAGAGCAGCCAGGCCCAGAACUACAAGAACCAGGGACGCUUUGCCACCAUCAAGUCCGCAUCCCUGGUGACCAAGCAGAUCCAUGAGCACGAGCAGGAGAGCGAGCUCCGCGAGCAGAUGUCAGGCUACAAGCGCAUGCGGCGGCAGCACCAGAAGCAGCUGAUCGCCCUGGAGAACAAGCUGAAGGCCGAGAUGGAUGAGCACCGCCUCAAGCUGCAGAAGGAGGCGGAGACGCAAGCCAACAACGCCUACAUCGAGCUGGAGAAGCUGGCCAAGCGCCACGCCGUGCACAGCGACAAGGAGAUGAAGAGCACGUUCACGGAUGAGAAGAAGUUUCAGCAGCAGAUUGUGGCUCAGCAGAAGAAGGAGUUGACCAACUUUCUGGACAAUCAGAAGAAGCAGUACAAACUCUGCAAGGAGAAAAUGAAGGAGGAGAUGAGUGAGGACCACAGCACGCCCAAGAAGGAGAAGCAGGAGCGUCUGUCCAAGCACAAGGAGAACAUGCAGCAUUCCCAGGCCGAGGAGGAGGCCCACCUGCUGGCCCAGCAGAGGGUCUACCACGACAGGAACUGCCGCGCCUUCAAGCGCAGGACCAUGAUCAAGAGGCACGACCUGGAGCAGGAGCAGAUCCGAGAGGAGCUGAACAAGAAGAAGAGCCAGAAGGAGAUGGAGCACGCCACGCUGAUCCGCCAGGAUGAGUCCACGCGGGAGCUGGAGCAGCGGCAGCUCAGGACGCUCCAGAAGCUGCGCGUGGACCUGAUCCGCCUGCAGCACCAGACCGAGCUGGAGAACCAGAUCGAGUACAACAACCGCCGCGAACGUGAACUCCACCGCAAGCACGUGCUGGAGCUCCGGCAGCAGCCCAAGAACCUGAAAGUGCUGGAGCUGCAGAUCAAGAAGCAGUUCCAGGACACAUGCAAGGUGCAGACCAAGCAGUACAAGGCGCUGCGCCACCACCAGAUGGAGGUGAUGCCCAAGGCCGAGCACAAGGUCGUGCUCAAGGCCCUCAAGGACGAGCAGACCCGCAAGCUCGCCAUCUUGGCCGAGCGCUACGAGCAGAGUAUCAACGAGAUGAUGGCCUCGCAGGCGCUGCGUCUGGACGAGGCGCAGGAGGCGGAGUGCCAGGCACUGAGGCAGCAGCUGCAGCAGGAGAUGGAGCUGCUCAACGCCUACCAGAGCAAGAUCAAGAUGCAGACGGAGGCACAGCACGAACGCGAGCAGCACAAGAUGGAGCAGAAGGUGUCCCUGCGACGCGCUCACCUGGAGCAAAAGAUGGAAGAGGAGCUGGUUUCCCUUCAGAAGGAACGCACGGAUCGCAUCAAGCACCUGCUGGAGCGCCAGGAACGGGAGAUUGACGCCUUCGACGUGGAGAGCGUACGGCUGGGCUUCGGCAACCUGGCCGCCCUGGACCUGGCCAAGGACGACUACAGAUGAGACAGGAAGUGACCUCAACCCCGGCGCCCCUCCCCCAGCCACGCCGAAUGACUUCCUGUUGUGGCGUUCCCUCCUCCUCGUUUUUGACCCCUUGUGGUGACAGGAGGCGGGGCUAAAUAGCGUCACUUCCUGUUUUGGUUGGUUUUGACACGUACAUCACCUGACCACUUUCAGCACGUGAAGAAAAGAUGUGACGUCAUCGCACACAAGGGCUUCCUGUCAGGGAGGGGGCGGGACUUUGUACGGAAGGAUUUAUGGAGAGCUUUUAUGUAUUUUCAUAUUCUAUUUUAAAUCUCAUGCAAAUGUUGGAAGAUUGUCUUUACCCCCCGCUAAACGUGACUCCAUCAUCAGUGGAUUAUUUUUCUUAACACUUUCUUACCGACCCAGCAGCACCAACCACGCUCGAUGAUGAUGACCAUUGCAUGCACUUUAACCCCCCCCCCCCUCCCGAGAAAAGCAUGGAAGUGUUUUAAAGUUUUUAAUUAUAUUUGUAAAUAAAGUUCUGAUGACACAACGGCUGCAGCGUCCUC